CCUUGUUGUGGCAAGAUCUCUGAUCGCGUGUCCGAGCCAUUUUGAGCCAGGUUGCCGCCAGCCGUUCGGGCAUAAGUUUUUAGAGCUGCAGCUGGAAGAGUGAGGCCGACCCGCACGCCGAAGUACCGGAGGAUGCACGGCGCCGCCGCAGUCGCAGCCGCCGCAUGUCCGCCCACGGCCGCGCGUGCAGGUGCGUCGCGGGCGGGCCCCGGCGGGCAUCCGCAAGGAGGACGGGUUUGGCGGUCGUGCCCAGCGCCUCCUGGAGGAGCAAAGCGAAAGGUCGUCUCCUUCGACACGGCUCCAGAGUGCUUCGGCCCCGCCGACCCAGCAGAGGAUCUCGUCGAGGCGCCGCCGGGCGGCCAGGGCGCCGACAGCGGCGCGAGGCUGGGCCCUCCCGCCGUGGGCAGAGGCCGGCUGGGAGCUGCGGCUGUCUGGCAGGACGACGUGCCAGACAGGGCAGCAGCGGCUGCGUUGGGCGACGCCAGUGGGGCCCCAGGUGCGCAGCAGGAGGAGGAGGACACCGCAUUGGCCGAGAUCGAGGCGUUCGCUGACGAGCAGGCCCGGCGGUUCGUACCUCUGAUUGACAAGCGGCGCGCGCGCCGGACGGCGACCGUCAGCAUCGGCCGCGCGAAGCGGGCGGACGGCAUCAGCUUCCAAAUGAAGUCUUCCGCCCUGUGGCAGCGCAGAGUGGUGACUGGGAGUGGCCUGGGGGCCCUCGGCUGCGUGCUCGGGUGAGUUUUCCCGUAGGGAUGGAUGGGAAACGGCCUUCUGAGGGUGGGGCCACCUGCCUUGCUUCGCCGCUUUGCCCCCGACCAGUAGCAGAGGACAGAGCAGCACAAACGUGCUUGCAUCCACAGUCUGUUCAUAGAGAACUUGUCAUCGUUUUCGCACUUUGCAGCGGACCUUGAGCUGGGGCCGCGGUUCAGCGUGCAGCCCUGGAUGUUAUUUAAUCGCUCCCUCGCGUCCUGCUGCUCUCCCCUCCUUGCUCUCCCACCUUUCCCCUUCUCACGGGGCUGUCCCUGAGCCGACGCCCGGCUGGCUGGACCCCAUCGCAGAUGGGGCCGCUUGGGCCGCCUGGCUUGUUUCAGACGACGAGGAGGUCGAUGGACCCCAUCUCAGAUGGGGCCGCUUGGGCUGUCUGGCCCGUCUCCGGCUUCAGACGACGAGCAGGUCGUCAUCGUCCAGGGUCAUGCGUUGCUUUGUGCCUCGCCCCUCACCCUGAGCGGAGGAGUCCCCACGGCAACGGCAUGCUGCUGGGCCCUCUGUCUGGUCGCGAGUGCGGGACCUCGCCCGGCAGGCGCGGCGCUCCUGGCCCGGAGGGCCGGGCGCGAGCGCGGGGCGGCAGGCCCCGUCUCCAACCACUUCCGGAGGUCGAGUCACGGCGCUUGCUUUGUGGUGCCUUGUGGCUGGACCUCAACGGUGUUUUCGGCGAUGUCGUGGGCCGUCUUCGGUUCGACCUCGUUCUGCGGCAGGGGC